CCAAAAUAAUCUGUUGGCCAAUGAUCAUAGUACACAACUUAUUCACACCUAUUUCUACACGAGCCCACGCAAACAUAAAGUGUUUUCAGUCAGAGAUUAUCACAUUGAAACGAAAUGUUGUGUUCUUAGUUUAUACGGUGAAAAGUGAUUAUUUUGCGGGGUUCGUGGAUUAAUAUUUCAAAAAUAACAUCAACCCCUAUACAAAACAUUGUGUUCGGCAAAAUUUAAUUCAUAGAAAUAUUUUUCAAGUUAUAUUAAUUAAAUAAUUAAACAUAUGGAAUCUGAAUUGUCUCCAGAUAGAGAGAAAGAUAUACCACCCGUGCCUAUAAAAACAUAUCAAUGGGAAGAUUUGAGGAGAGCUCGUGAAGCUGGCAAGUACCCAUGGACGCAUCUACUGAAGGCACCACUUCAAGGUGAAAUUACUGCCGAAGAUAUCAUCAGAGAAACGACACCUAGAAGAAGUAUGUCGCGAGAAUUUUCACGGUCUCGGACACACUCGCCGGUGGACGGUGACGUCCAAAGGAUACUGAACCUUGACUCUUCACCCGGUAGUAGUCGCAAACAUGGUGAAGAAGGUGAAGAUGAGGGAGUGCAUAUACCAAAUUUCUCCAAAGAAAUAUCGUUAGAUUCUGAAGACGAUGUUAUAAACCAGGCUGUGAAAGCUUACGUAGUUAAACGUCCCGAAAGUCAAGCUAGUUCCCACUUAGCUGCACCUGUUGAGAUACCCAAAAAUGUAUCCCCUAAAGGAAUACUGAAACGUCGUGUACCAGAACAGCAAUAUAGCAUAGGAAUAACAUCAGAAACAAGAGAGAAAACAAAAUGUUGUCAUCCAUUAGUGAAUAAAAUAAAGCAUUUAGCAGACAAAACUUUACACAAACUAGAACGAAAUGAAAAUGAAAAAUCACCGACAUCGAAACGUAAGAAAAAUGAUGACACACAAGAAAUAAGGCAGCUUAGAUCGUCGCCUGGAGCCGUAAGGAGACAAAAAUUCGGUGCAAUCAAAUUAGGAAGCUCUGACGAAAUGAGUAAAACUAUGGUGGUAGACACACCGCCUCCACGGAAAAAGAAAGAACAUAUUUAUGAAGACAUUGAAGAAGGCAAAGAUGUGCAUUUCUCACCAGAUGUCGAUAGGCAGGGUGCCAUCAGACUGGAUGAGGAAACUGGAAGUAAUAGCAAUAAAGAAAAUGAGAGUCUGUUGGAGAAAAAAUCGAUCGCCUCUCAAGAUCCCAGCUUAGUGAUGGAAAACACGAGUUUGAAAUCAGAAGAUCAUGUUAUGGAGAAACUGCAUAAAAUUGAUAACGUGAAUAAAGAGGCCAUACUUUUAGAUGAAGAAAUGGAUCCUGAUGAGCCCAACGUAGACGAAAUUUUCCAAAAUCAAUUAGACGAAAGAGGACCAAGCAACGAAUCUCCCAAUAUUACUAUUACAGAAUUAACAGGUGAAGAUGCAGAGGUGACUGGUGAUCAACCUGCCGCUACACCUAUUGAAUCAUCACCCAGCCCCAGUCCACAAGAAACCGACGAUCGACAGAAAGUAGAAUACCCGAGCAGAAAAUGGUCUAAACACAGCAGUGAUCACGAAUAUGAAAUCAUCGAAAAGCCACCGCCUAACAUUAUUUACACUGCUCCGAGUGUAGAUGACAAACCAACUCAACUGGUAAAAGCGGAUGAUGAGUUAUCUAGUACCACAUCACUAGAAAGAAAAUGUCUGCAGCACACAUCAGAUAAGGACGAACAAUUAGACGAAAACGUUAAUUUACAUGAUGAUAAGAACGAAGGAAUGACGAGCGCUGAAGCAUUACAAAGAGACAUUGAAGAUCGAUAUUUUGUAAACACUCCGUCCACAAUAUCGCGCACGGAGUGUGAAAUAAGCACUAGUCAAGUUGAUUCGUCCGCGUUAGAACAGUUACCAUUGAAACGUGACAGUAGAUCUAAGAAUGCUGAAACCACUGAUAGUAAAAUACAACAGCGUAUCAGAGAAGGUACAGGUAAAUUAAAAUCUCAGGCCGGAAAAUUAAAAACUAAAUUACAAAAUAUUAAAUCAAAACAAUUCAAUAUGCCUGAAAAACCAAAAUUCUCGAUGCCUGAAAGGCCUAAAUUUAAAAUGCCUCAAAGACCUAAAAUAUCACUUCCUGAUCGGCCUAAAUUCACAUUACCUGACAGAAGAAAGUUCAGUUUACCUGAUAGACCCAAAUUUAAUAUAGCUGAAAAACUUAAUCGGUCAAAAUUUACACUCCCCGAAAGGCCAAAGUUCAACGUCCCUGAUCUACCUAAAUUCAAAAUGCCUGACUUUCACAGUCUUGGUAGGAAAAAAGAGCAAAAAGUUGCUUCAGACUCCACAGAUUCGAACGUGGAACCGACUGACGUUGCUACAGUCGAGUUUGAAGCAAGGACAUACCCCAGACUAUUCAAUAGAAAAAAGAAGUCAGAACUUCCUAAAACAUCUUCAUCACCAACGUUGAAUAGAGAGGAUACUCCACCGCCGACGUUCACGUUCACACGCGUCAAGAAAAAUAAAGAUGAGCCUACUUUUAUUCCUGAUAGUCCUGAGCAACCGCGAGAAUAUGGAAACAUUGAUAAUGAUGAUAACAACUUUGCGAUGGAAGAUGGCAGGCAAAUCGAAACUACUUACGACUUUGACAAAGUGGACACUGAAUACAUGGAUGACGAACCUGAAGUAUGUACUCUGGAAGACAGACAUCAGACAUCCGAACCCGAUAUGUCACCAUCUAAACAAGAAUACACACAUGUCAUAACCGAAAUAAAUAAUGACGAAUUUUUUGUACGACCGAGAGGUAUUUCUCGUGAAGAUAUUCAAACAAGGGAAUAUUUGAGCGACGAAACACGAAAAGCUUUUCAAACCCCGAAGAAUAUUCUCUCUAUGAUAGGGACUAAUUCGGGAAUGAGCGACGAGAACAUGUACGUCAACGAUCCUGAUGCUGAUCCUGAGCUGAUGAUCGACGACAACGAUCCGAUGAGGUAUUCAACUGAAGAUUUGAAUGACAAAGACGAUGGCUACUAUACGUUUCCACCAGUUAGGCCGUCGAGGGCGAAGCGAAAGAAGAAGGAGGAGGAGGAAUUGAAGCAAACUCCGUACAUAGACGAAAGUGUCAAUGCCAGUAUGCAAUUUAGUGAGGUAGACUUGGGGAUGCCAGAAGAUCAACAGGACGAGCAUAUAAGUUGUGACGUGGAAGACAAUAUUGAUAUGCAGAUGCACGUCAACAAUCACCUUGAUUUUACUCCCACUACUGACUUGCAUUCUAUACAUGAAUACGCAAACGAUGACGUUAUUCAGUACCCAGAGAAUAUUCCCAUACAGUCACAAACUCUGCCUAUGCCACCGAAAAGGAAGAAGAAGUUUGGUAAGAAGGACUUCAAGCAUUCGUCCCUGAACGACUUCAACAAUGUGACUGCUUCACAGUUGUGGGAGCAACCUCAGGAACAUGAGACGAAUGAUGACAUCAUCGUGUAUAGAACUGAACAUGAAUACAUCGUACCACAAGAAUAUGCGCACUCCACGGUUACCGAGCACAGCCCCGUGCCACCGCGACGCACCCGCUCUAGAAGUUCCAGAGGCACCUCUCUCUGUGACGAUGACCGUACAUCACAUGGUGCCGAGUCACUCAUACUGGAUACUAACAUACCACACCCGGAAGAAAUUGUCAUGGAAAGGGAAAUACGCCACGACAGCCCCGGUUACGCCACGGUUGACAAAGGCGCUUAUACACCAAGCAAAGGCGUUAGGCGCUCAAAAAGCAAAACUCCACCGAGGCGUCGUAAGAGUAACAGCUCAGAACGCAAAUAUUACACAGUUGGACCCACAAAGCCAGUUGGCCCUGACAGACCGCCACGCAAAAAGUCUUCAACUAGUCUUAUGACAUUGGAUAGCUUUACCAAACGCUCGGUAAGUGGUGACUUGACACAAUACGUUGAAAUUGAUGAACCCUUUGAGGAAGUCCAUAAAGAUUUGAAUUCAGGAGAAGUGGUAAAUAAAAUGAAAGAUCGACCUUUACCCCCACCUCCUCGCCCACCUAGAGGAUCAAGGCGAAGAAAAAGGGACCUAAAGAAUGACUUCCAGAGAAGCAUAUCCACAGAUGCAGAAUCUGCUAUGGGAAUAUCUCGUGACUUUGAGGAAGAUCAAGAUCAAGACCAAGACCAAGAGCAAACUAAACCCACUGAUGUUUUAGAAAUCGAAGUUUCUACUCAAACUGACCCGCUACCAGAUGAUGUAGACUUCGAAUUGGGUAUGGAUGAUAAUCUGGACAUUUCUAUGUCCAGCUCAUUACGAGAUAUUAUUGACGAAGAUUCUAUGCUUUCAAGGAGUCAUCCCAAACUUGGUGAAAGCCCUCGUGUAUCACGACCUACAUCGCGUACCGAUAAGUCUUCAAAACUUUCUGACCCAAAAAUAUCUGAGCUAUCUAAACCUACUCUCGGGCGCACGUCACCGACAGUGAUCUUGGUAGAGCGACGAGUGUCAAGUCCAACAAGAAUAAAUGAACGUGAGGAAAUGUUAACCGAAGCUUCGUUAACCGUUCAACCAAUUGAUAUCGACGAAUCUCAAAUCCCAGAUGUACCUCCACUCCCAAGGCCAAGAGCCAUUUCAAGUACGCGACCUAAAAAUACUGUACCACCUAGUGAAGAACGGGCUCUUGAAAAAGUCAGUGACGCAAGUAGAGAAGUACAAUUGGAUAAUUUGGUUACACAACGACUUCAGGUGAAAGAUUUAGAUGUGGGGCGACUAAAUGUAUCUGAACUACAAGCUAACAAAAUCUUAGUAUCUGAUAUAGAAGGCAUGACAUUACAAGUGUCGGAGUUAGAUUCCAAGUCCGGGCACAUUUCCGUGAGUGGAAUUGAGUUCUCUCAGUCAGUAAUAGAUGAGAUCGUUAAGAAGUUUGCUGAAAUAUCAACAGCCCAUGCGCCUCCACCACCAGCACCAGUAGCUCCCACGAUGCUUGAAGUCGUUGAAACGCCAAGGCCAGUUAGUAGAGAGGAACAUACACAAACAGAUGAACAAAUUGCUCCUAAUGAGAUACCCGCAGAAACAAAACCUGAAGUUAAACCUCUUGAAGAGGAAGCUCCUCAAACACCACCUCCUCCAAGACCUCCAAGUGCAGAGGAUACUGGAGCUCCCCCACAAAGACCACCGCCACCUGAUUUGACUCCUUUGUUGUACUCAUAUCUCCAGGACAUCACUAUACCUCCUGCUUCUUUCUUCCCUAGUCGGUCGCUUAGAGACAGACCUCAUUUUGAUUUUCAUGACUCCCAACACCAGACUCCUCCACCGCCCACUCGACGAGCUAAAAGGAAACCUGCUGCUCCUCAUUCUGAAUCAAGUUCGGACGACGGCAGACCACGUCCCUCCCCUCGCCGUAUGGCCGCUCCCGUGAGAACGCAUGAGCCUACAAUAACCGAGGCGGGAGCGCAAUUUCUGCGCGUCUGCCAUUCUUCUAUUACCAGAACUAUAAGGAGUAUGUUCAACUCGUUCAUGUCAUACAUCAGCGGCACUGAAGACAAGAAGGACGUACAGAUGGCGAUGGUAAUAUUCCUGGUGCUAGUCGCAGGGCUGAUCAUGUUCGGGCUGAGUGACAGCCGGGCGGUGCACCAUCACCACUGGGAGUUCUUCAACCCGCCUGAUGGAAAACCAUGAUCUUGUACUUCAUCGAGUUUUUGGUAUAAAGUCAAUGUAAAUUACGAAUUAGUUUUAAGUUCGACAGACUUGUUGGACGCGCGGAAUACUGUAUUGUUGAUUUUAAUUUGUGAUGAGGACACAUGAUUUGCGGAGAAAUGUCCAGUAUUGUAAAUUGUGAUAUCUAGUCACCUUCUAUUUAUUUAAUUUUGUUUGUUUAAAACUGUUAUGAACAUUGUAGCGUCCGAACAAGUCUGGUUAUUUAUUGACAUGAACUGUAAGAUGCAAACGUUUUAUGAAAAGAAGUAAAUACGCAUUUUAUGC